CCCCCCCUUUUAUUUAUUUCAGUGUAUUAAUGGUAUUGGAUUCUACCUUUGUCUGAUUCACACUAUCGCAUAAUAGAGAAAAAGAGAGAGAAAGAGAGAGAGAGAGAGAAGAGAGAGAGAGAGAGAGAGAGAGAGAUGGGUGAAGCGGUGGUGGGUGAACAGAGUCCGAGUCCGAGAAGCCCAGAAGCGAAAUUGGGUAUGCAAGUGGAGGAUCUAUGGGACACGCAGGAGCCACAGCUCAGUCCUAAUGACAAACUCAAUGCUUGUUUUGAGAGCAUACCAGUUUCAGCUUUUCCUCCAGCUCCUUCUGAUCAAGUGAUUGAGAUAAAAUCAGAUACUUCCUUGGCUGAGGCUGUUCAGAUUUUGUCCGAACACAAAAUCCUUAGUGCACCUGUUGUAGAUGUUGAUGCAGCUGAGGAUGCUAGUUGGAUUGAUAGAUACAUUGGUGUAGUAGAGUUUGCUGGAAUUGUUGUAUGGAUUCUGCAUCAGUCGGAACCUCCAUCUCCAAGGAGUCCACAUAGUCCAAAUACUGGAACUGCACUUGCAGCAGCAGCUAAUGGAGUGACUUCUUUGUUUGAACUUGGAGUCUUAGGCCCUGACUCGGCUGCAACAACCUCUGGAAACUUUUUCGAGCAUCUGACUGCAUCUGAAUAUUAUAAGAAUACAACGGUUCGAGACAUCUCGGGGUCAUUCCGAUGGGCUCCAUUUCUUGCUUUGCAGACAUCAAACUCGUUCCUGACAAUGCUUUUGCUGCUUUCCAAGUACAAGAUGAAGAGUAUUUUCGUAGUUGAUUUGGGUGAAGGUAAGAUUGAAAAUGUCAUCACGCAAUCCUCGGUGAUUCACAUGUUAGCAGAAUGUGCUGGUCUUCAUUGGUUUGAAAAUUGGGGUACAAAAAAACUCUCUGAAGUGGGUCUCCCAAUGGUGACUGGAGAUCGUCUCAUCAAGGUUUAUGAAGAUGAACCAGUGUUACAAGCAUUUAAGCUGAUGAGGAAAAAGAGGAUUGGUGGGGUACCUGUAAUUGAAAAUGGUGGCAACAAAGCAGUAGGAAACAUAAGCUUAAGAGAUAUUCAGUUCUUGCUUACAGCACCUGAGAUUUACCAUGAUUAUAGAUCUAUAACGGCUAAGAACUUCCUAACAGCCGUUCGGAGCUACAUGGAGAAGCACGAAGAGGCUUCGCCAGUAAGUGAAAUGGUUACAUGCAAAAAAGAUCAGACAAUCAAAGAACUAAUUUUGUUGCUAGACGCCAAGAAGAUUCAUCGAGUAUACGUUGUUGAUGAUGACGGAAACAUAGGAGGUGUAAUUACACUCAGAGAUAUCAUCUCAAGGCUAGUUCAUGAACCACGAGGCUACUUCGGUGAUUUCUUCGAUGGUGUUCUACCCCUGCCCCAGAACAGCAGGGUUUAAGAGGAAGCAAAUCAUUUCCCUGAUGAUUAAUUUUUCUUUUUCUUUUUUUUUUGGUUUUGCUUUUGACCUGUGCUUGUUUUGUUAGGUGAAUAUUGAGUAUGGCUUGAGUAUGGUCAUCACUGUAACAUAGAAGGGCCCCUGUAAUUAAGCCAUCCAUGUUCAAUAUGGUUCUUUUUAAAAUGUUUGUAUGUUAAGCUAUAUUUAUAAUAAGAGGAACAUUCUUCCAUCUUCA